AGAACCAUGAACAUUAUACAAAAUUUAGGAAUUAUGGAAGGAAUUUAAGUUUUUUAGCUUAACAAAUUCAUCCAACAAAUGAGGAUAUCUGUACAUACGGUAUCUACCAAUGACAAUCUAUGCUUCCUAGAGACAUGUCUGUCAUUUGAACACUUUGUCAUUGUAGAUGCAAUAGUGUGAUGAUUUGAUAUUAUGAUCAGAAAAUAAUAAUUAUAUAAAUACCUAUAAUAAGCAGUGACUAAGAACAAUAUUGCUAUGCCAGUAUCCAGGCUGUAACAGAGAUCAAUUUAAUUAGAAAUUCUGUAGGUAGAAUCCAGGCCAGGAUAUUUUGCAAAUUUUCCAAGUGGUUACAAUACACACCCAGUGUUAAGAACCACUGUCUAGGACCUUAAGCCCAGCAAAAAACUAAACACAAAUACUGGAUUAAUAAUGAUUAAUAAUGAAAACUCAGUUUUAAGAAAUUGAGUGUUUGAAAAAAUAUUUCAAAAUAUGUAUAUCUCAUAUAACCUUCAUAUUAUCAAUUUCUUCAUCUUUCAGAAAUUGACUUGUCACUUCAUGAUGCAUCUAUAACCAUCACAUAUUCCUAACAUGGCAUCAUUGUGAGAAAGAAACUCAUAUGUUUACAACAAAUAUUUAGGAUUGCAGAAAAAAGGAAACUCAUUGCUGAAGCAAAAUCCAUCGCCAACUACACAAUACAAAGUGUACUACAUAUUAUGUUUAGGGUAUGCUGUGGCAGACUUCAGUGUGCAUCACUAAAGAGAUUGUAAAAACAGAUUGCUGAGUCUAUCCCCAGGGCACUAGAAAGAAUGGAUGUUAGGGGCGGCCUUAUAAUUUGCACCUCUAACAAGCUCCAGGUGAUGUUGAUGCAGCUAGUCAGGGAACGGACUUUGAGAACCAUAGCUUUAUGAAAUAAGAGCUACAUGACAGCAGCAUGAACUCCAGAUCUGGCCCCCUGUACGGUCAUCAUCACUAUCUUUGAAACACUAAGAGAAGAAUCUUCCUCUUAGGCAACAGCAGGAAUUGGGGGAAGAUACAUUAACGAAAAGCCCAGAAUACCCAACUGAUACCACAGGCCACAGCUGUUGUCCCUAAACAGUCCAAGGACAGAUUUCAGAGGUUCUUCCCAAUUCCCACAGGGCUACCAGCUAGUGGAGAAUGGCUGCAGGAAAUCACUCUGCAGUGACGGAGUUCACUCUUGGGGGACUAACAAGCCGCCAAGACCUCCAGAUCCCCCUCUUUCUCCUCUUCCUAGGGAUCUACGUGGUCACCAUGGUGGGCAACCUGGGCAUGAUCACUCUGAUUGGCCUCAACUCUCAGCUUCAUACCCCCAUGUACUAUUUCCUCAGCCAUCUGGCCCUCGUGGAUCUCUGCUACUCCUCUGUCAUUACACCCAAGAUGCUGGUGAACUUCGUGUCAGAGGAGAACAUCAUCUCCUAUGCUGGGUGCAUGUCCCAGCUCUACUUCUUCCUUGUUUUUGUCAUUGCUGAGUGCUACAUGCUCACGGUGAUGGCCUACGACCGCUAUGUGGCCAUCUGCCACCCCUUGCUUUACACCAUCAUCAUGUCUCACCCUGUCUGCUCCCUGCUGGUGGCUGCAGUCUACAUCAUGGGAUUCAUCGGCUCAACAAUAGAGACUGGUCUUAUGUUAAACCUGUCCUAUUGCGAGGCCCUCAUCAGUCACUACUUCUGUGACAUCCUCCCUCUCAUGAAGCUCUCCUGCUCUAGCACCUAUGAUGUCGAGAUGGCAGUCUUCCUUCUGGCUGGAUUCAAUAUCAUACUCACCAGUUUAACUGUCCUUGUUUCCUAUGCCUUCAUCCUGUCCAGCAUCCUCAGCAUCAGCACCACAGAGGGCAGGUCCAAAGCCUUCAACACCUGCAGCUCCCACCUGGCAGCUGUGGGGCUGUUCUAUGGAUCGACUGCCUUCAUGUACUUAAAGCCAUCCACAGCCAGCUCCCUGGCCCAGGAGAACGUGGCCUCUGUGUUCUACACCACAGUGAUCCCCAUGCUGAACCCCCUGAUCUACAGCCUGAGGAACAAGGAGGUAAAGGCUGCCGUGCAGAGAACACUGAGGAGAAAACUGUAUUGAUGCAUAUGCUAUUGCUCUUUCUCACUUUGAAAAUUAGUAACUAGGAAGUCCUCUGAAUGCUGACACUGCCAUGGAUGGAAAAUUCUCAUUUUUCCAAAUAGUUGCAUGAACAGCGUCUCUCCUUUUUCCCAUACCCCAUCACCUUCCCUUCUCUAAUUUCUGUUUGAAAUAAGCCAAAUUCAGGUUUAUAUUUCUUUCAUUUUGGCAUCAUUUCCCCUAUCCAGAGUCAUCUGAUGGAACCACCAUAUGACCCAGAAAUUCCUCUUCUGAAUAUAUACUGAAAUGAAAAGAAAUUUUCACUGUGAAGAUAGCUGCACCUGCACAUUCACUGCAACAUUAUUCACAAUAAUUUAUAUAUGAAACUACAUAUAUACCCAUUCAAUGGAUGAAUAUAUACAUUUAUCUGUAUCUGUGUGUAUAUAGAUAUGGACAGAACUAUGUAAAGUCACAUAGAAGUUCAUGGACAGGAUUAAAGAUGUAUUUGUCUCCCUCUCUCCACUCCAGUUUUCAAAUAAAUUAAAAUUUUAUGUUAAAAAAUAACUAAAACAUUUUAAAAGAAGGGGGGGCAGGCAUUUGGCUCAGCAGUUAAGAUACCACUUAGCACAUCUGUAUCCUAUAUCAGAGUGACUGGGUUCAAGACGCCACUCCAUGUGCUAUCUAGCUUCCUGUUAAUAGCAUCCUGGGAGGCAGCAGGUAGUGGCUUAGGUCUUGGCCCCUGCCACAAAUGUGGGAAGCCCAUAUGGAGUUCCAGGCUUCUGGCUUCAGUCCGGCCCAGCCUUAGCUGUUGCAAGAAUUUGGAGAGUAAAUCAGCAGAUGAAAGUG